ACCGAAUGAAUGGAUUCGGCUCCGUGCUCCGUGAAGUGGUGGCUCCGUUCCGCGUGUUCCGUCCCUCCCAACGCCGGCACCCCCACAGCUCUCCAUGCUGGGUGCCGGUCGAGUCUUCAUCAUCCUCCUCCCACACGCAGCCGGUCUCACCAUCACCCUCCUCCUUCUCUUCACCAUCAACACCAACAUCACCCUCCUCCUCCUCCUCACCAUCAACACCAUCACCACCUCAUCGCCUCGCAGAUCUCCAUUGGAGCACGGCCGAAGUGGGCAUGGCGGAGACCUCCGACUCCUCUGUGAGGCCGAGAUGCUUCAAGAAGAUAUCGGUGGAAGGCAACAUAGCGUGCGGGAAGUCGACGCUCGUGAAGGUGCUGCAGAAGUUACGCCCGAGCUGGCACGUGGUCCCAGAGCCUCUGGAGAAGUGGCAGAACGUGGUGGGCGGACAGCCGGGAUCAAUGCCGGCCGAAAUGGGGGCGGCAUCUAACCUCCUGGGCUUGCGUCUGGGCGACCCCAAGCGCUGGGCUUAUACGUUCCAGACGUGGGUGACCCUGAGCCGUCUGCAAAUCGCUCUCGCUGCCAGCCACCCUCCCGAGCGUCACACAGUCUACGAGCGCUCGGUCUACAGCAAUCGGUACGUGUUCGCCGCCAGCCUGCAUGAGCAGGGCAGCAUGAACGACACGGAGUGGGUUGUCUACCAGGAGUGGCAGGGCUGGCUGCUUUCGGAGUUCGACAAGCGCGUCGAGCUGGAUGGAAUGGUUUAUCUUCGCGCCGAGCCAGAGGCUUGCCUGGCGCGCAUGCGAGUGCGGAAUCGGGAGGAGGAGCGAGGCGUGGGGCUGGAGUACCUGGACACGCUGCACCGGCGGCACGAGGACUGGCUGGUGGAUCGCACGACCGUGGUCCAUCACCCGUGCAGCAGUGACACUCCUGUCUUGGUGCUCGAUGCCAGCCAAGACUUUGAGUCAAACGAGGAACUUCAGGCUGAGCUUAUCAACCAGGGCUAUCACGAAGGCACCGAUUCAGGUUGCAGGACUUCCACGAUUGAAGACUUUUUAGACAAGAUAUGAAAUUUCUGCUGAUAGAGAAUGGCAGCGAUGGUGUAACUCGUUUCAAGAAAUGGUCAAAUUUUCAACUGGUGCUGAGGACGCUCUCAAAAGUGGAAGUAGAUUUACACGAUAUUUGCACUUAAUGAGUUAUUUAUAUUUCCUGAAAUAAAAAAAUAUUUAUACUAAGUG